AGUUGCUUCUUUCUCUUGCAGCAAAUUAUGGCUACCACCAAAUCAGUUUUCUCUUUGCUUCUCAUCACAGUCAUUGCUUUCUCUCUUCUUUUUGUUCCACAUGAUUGCAUUGAUGCUAAGUCCCUUAAGGUUUGCAAGUUUGAUGGAAUAUAUAACCUAGGAGACUCUAUCUCUGACACAGGCAACUUGAUUAUUGUGAGCCCAGCUGUGUCUUCUGCUCGUUUUCCCUAUGGCGAAACCUUCAAGAAAGCAACUGGAAGGUUCUCCGAUGGGUUGCUAAUGAUUGAUUAUAUUGCUCAAUCAGCAGGAAUUCCACUUCUUGAUCCUUACUUGAAUAAGAAUGCAUCAUUUGUUCGUGGUGUUGGGGUGAAUUUUGCAGUGGCUGGUGCCACUGCCUUGUCUGCAAGUGUCCUUAAAGAUGAGAAUAUUACAUCACCAGUUACUGACAGUUAUUCUCUCAGUGUGCAAUUGGAUUGGAUGUCCACCUUUUUCAGUAAUAUCUUUCUCAAUCAUGAUGAUUGUGUUGAGAAGCUUAAAACAGGCUUAUUCAUGGUGGGAGAAAUUGGAGGCAAUGAUUAUAACUAUCCAUUUUUUCAAGGCAAAUCCUCUAAUGUUGUCAGAGAUUUGGUUCCAAAAGUUGUCAAAAAAAUUAAGGACGCUGUCACUAGGGUCAUUGGUUUUGGAGCUGCAAGAGUGGUUGUCCCUGGAAACUUCCCAAUCGGCUGUGUACCAGUUUAUCUUACAUUAUUCCAUUCCAACAAGUCAGCUGAUUAUGAUGAAUUUCACUGCCUAAAGGGAUUGAAUUCAUUAUCAAUAUAUCACAAUGAUCUACUCAAAAAAGCCAUUGGAGAACUGAAAAGAGAAAAUCCUAAUGUUGUUAUCGUAUAUGGUGAUUAUUACAAUGCUUUCCUAUCGGUUAACCAAAAUGCUCCACAUCUCGGAUUUAAUGCUGCUUCUUUACAAAAAGCUUGCUGUGGUGUUGGAGGUGCUUAUGACUUUUCCUCGGAUAAAAUGUGUGGAGCUCCUGAUGUACCAGUUUGUCCCAAUCCAGAUGAAUUUUUCAGUUGGGAUGGAAUUCAUAUGACACAAAACGCAUACAAGAAUAUGGCAAACUGGGUCAUCAAUGACAUCUUACCUAAGCUUAAUUGUAAAGCUUAAGUUGUUUUAGUGUGUCUGUUUGGCAUUUGAUUAUAGGGUAGAUUUUUGCUUAUUUUAUGUACUGGUUGCUACUUUUUGUUAAAGCUUUAUUUCAAAUAAUUUAAGUUUCAUUGCAAUCCUUUGUUGUAUUUAUAACUGGUUUUUUGGUUCAGAGUCAUAUGAUUUAAUAAAUAAAGUGGAAUGUAAUUGUGUU